CUUUUACAAACUCAAAUGACUCAUAGAGGAAAAGACUUCAGACUUUAGUGGGCAGAAGCACUUUAACAAACCCAUCAGUAUCAAAAGUGAAAUGAAUCGCUGCACAUCACUUCAUUGAUAUCAGCUCAAAUCUUCUUCACUUGCCAGAUUUACAAACCUGAAUAAAUUAAGUAAAAGUUUGAUUUAUCAUAAAGGUGAAAAAAGUGCUCAUCAACAGGAAAUGAAAAUCAAAGGUCCUCUGGCAGUUUUGUUCCUUUUGCUGUUAGCCAUGGUCAGUGCUACAGAAGACAUUGGCUCAUGCUAUGGAAUUAGCAUUGGCACUAUAGCAGGCAUUGUUUUUGGUGAUGUUGCCCUGACGGUUCUUGUUGUUACUACAACAUACUGGUAUGCCAGCAAACGCAGACAAAAGAAAGAGAACGCUGAUGAAGUUUACAUGAAUGUCAGAGCAAACUGCAAAUCAUGAGGACUUUCAGAAAAUUAACAUCAACAAUAAGACUUAUGAAAUGACAUGAUGUAUGUUUAUAGCCUAUCACUGUUGCCAUGUAAAUACAACAAGAUCGCCUUGAUGUUUAAGCCAUGUAAAAAUAGCCUGAAAACUUUUCAAUGAGUAAUAACAGUGUAAGAAACUAGUCAUAUGAGUAAUGUCUUAACAGCAAUACAGUAAAAGAAAAAGUGUGCCAUCUUGUGGGUUUUUCUCAGUAAGCUCAGGUUUACAAUCUUUAUAUCCUUCCUAUAGAAGUGUAUGUUUUGUGUAAUAGCUUAUAAGAAGCCUUUGUUUUUCAUGAUUUUAUUAAAUAAAGAAUUUAUGCAUUGUUUUAUACAGAUGUCAAUAUAAUAUAUACUUAUACCUGGAGAUGUUUCAAACAAAAUAUUCAGUCUUUGUUUGGACAAGGUUUAUUAGAUUAUGAAGAAGUCUAUAAUUUGAAUCUUUGGUGACUCUUUCUCAUAGCACAAGCCAUCAUUUAUAGCUUAAUAUAUUCAAGAAUUGGUUGUGGCAAUGCUUAAACUGAAUGCAUUAUGUGUUUAUUGUGAAUGUGUAUAGGCAGUUUACAUUUGUGUUAUCUAAUAAUCUUGGUCUUUUGCAAUCAUGACCACAAAGCAAGGCAAAUGCUUCAUCUUGUGUAAAGUUGCUCAUUGUAUUAAAACAUAGCUUUUGUCUUA